AUGGCUACUUCCAAGCUUCCCUUGACACUUUUACUUUCUUUUCUUGUUUUUCUUGUUGUUGAAGCGGAUCGUGAUGAUCUUAAGAUCAGUAGCAACAGUUCAGAUUGUGGACAAGCUUGUGCUGCAAGAUGUGCUUUGGCUUCAAGGCAGAAGCUCUGCAAGAGGGCUUGUGGGACUUGCUGUGCUCGCUGCAGCUGCGUGCCUCCAGGCACUUUUGGGAACCAGAAACUCUUCUGCCCUUGCUACUACUCAAUGACUACCCAUGGUGGCCGGCGCAAGUGUCCCUAG